UAAAAGAUAAGUUAAACAUAUUCCAUAUAUUGGUUUUUGUACUCAUAUUAGCAUUAGACAUGAAUAAUGAAAAAGAUGUUUUAAAAAAAUUAAAAAAUAAAGUCCACCCACCUGACCCAUAUUUAUUUGCAAAUCAGGAUGAUAUUCUAACUAUUAAAUUUAUGUGACCUAUUCUACAAUAACUAUUCUCUGUCCCAAGAUAUUUAUGGAGCACAUUUUAUUAUUACUCGAUAUUAUAUACUGUAAAUUCCUAAUUAACAUGAUUAAACGCGAGGAAUUUAUAUCCGCGUAAAAUCGCGAGAAGCAUCCCUCGUGGAUUUUAAAAUCUCGCUUUUAUUUUCUGAGAGUUGAGAAUUAUAAUAAAUUAGGAUAAAAGUUCCACAUUCGCGAUUUUACAUUCUCGCGUUUUGAUACAAAACGCUGGGAUCGGGGAAUUAAAUACUCGCGUAAAAUAAGGAAUAUACAGUACCUGGCUGUUUAUUGGCUGUGAGAAUGAUUGCAAGUUUAUUGACCCCUGAGACAGCAUCUGUUUGUAGAAGUGAACAACAAAUAAUGCUGUCGAGGGGGACAAUAAACUUGCUAUCAUCCAAAUAGUGAGUAAAUAAGUAUUGUAUUAUACUAUAGCUCAAAAGGAUGCUGCAAUGCUGCCAAUUUUUUUUUAAUGAAUCUGUAGGUUUAGCUUGUUCUUUUUCUCAUGCACUGGUUCUUAAAGCUCACUUGCAUCAGCAAGCUGUGGUUGCUAUUAAUUGCAGGAAUACAUUAAUCUUGAAUCUUCUGAAUUCAUAAACUUUCAGGUGUCCAGGAAAAGGGGAAAAAAAGAAAGUAAGAUAAGCUGUUACCAUAGUCAUUCAUUUUAUUCAUAAUGACAUGUUUUGUUAGUCUGUUGUACUAAACAAUUUAUUGACAGAUUAGGAAUCAUUUUUUCUUCGCACAUGUAAUGUUCAAGGUUCAUAAGAAGUAACUGGUCAGACCCAACCAUAUGCUAAAGCAGACCCCAAUUAAAGCCUGGGUUUACUUUGGGACUGCUUUUAAGAAUUUGUGUCCAGUCUGGGUUUACUUUGGGUCCACUCAGGGUUUACUUUGGGUUUGCUUUAGGGGUCCACUUUUCGCACUUGAAUGUGAAGCAGACCUGUCAUUUAUCUAUCUGUCUUACUGCCUGUAAGCCCUGCACCUUGUCUGCUUUUAGGGGUAUACUUCUGAUCGGGUUUACUCUUUGUGUCCACUCUGGGUGUACUUUGGGUUGAUCGGGAUUAACUCUGGGUCUGCUCUAGUAGAUCUAGUGUAAACCCUAAAAGUAAAUCCAGGGUUUUUAGUUGGGGUCUACUUUCUGUUAGGUUGGGUCUGAUUGGUACUAUACAUGUAUGCAAGAUUAUUCUGUCAUAAUUACACUAUUUUUUGCAAAGGAUUAUGUGUGGGAUAUGGGUUGUGUUAAUGCCCCAAAAUUCAAAGUUAUGAAUAGAGCUUUAGAUAUUUGUAUUAAGAAAUAUUAAUACAUAUAUAAAUGAUAUAUUUCUAUAUAUUCUGCACUCCAUAUUUUCUAUUGUUGAAUUUUAAAAAAAAACUGAUGAUUUUUUCAUGUUUUUGAGAAAUAGCAGGAAUCGCCCCAUUUACCUGAUAUCAUAGGGGCAUGAGAAAUGAAUAAUGCUGUAAAACUCCUAGAUUUCUGUAACAUAUUAAAUAUUCAGUUUUAAAUAUUUUCAUACUAUCAGUAUGCUAUGAUGAUUUUAAAAUUUUUCAUUAAUUCUGCACAUGUUAUAAAUGGACUCUCACUUUCAAUAUCUUUUAUUUAUGAUUCAGAUCCACUGGUCUCUAAGACCCGUUCCUUGGCCAACAACAUGACAACUGCUGAAGAAAAUGCUGGUUGGCAGACUGGAGAAGAUCCACUGGUCUCUAAGACCCAUUCCUUGGCCAAUAACAUGACAACUGCUGAAGAAAAUGCUGGAUGGCAGACUGGAGAAGAUCCAUUGGUCUCUAAGACCCGUUCCUUGGCCAAUAACAUGACAACUGCUGAAGAAAAUGCUGGAUGGCAGACUGGAGAAGAUCCACUGGUCUCUAAGACCCAUUCCGUGGCCAACAACAUGACAACUGCUGAAGGAAAUGCGGGAUGGCAGACUGGAGAAGAUCCACUGGUCUCUAAGACCCGUUCCUUGGCCAAUAACAUGACAACUGCUGAAGAAAAUGCUGGAUGGCAGACUGGAGAAGAUCCACUGGUCUCUAAGACCCAUUCCUUGGCCAACAACAUGACAACUGCUGAAGGAAAUGCGGGAUGGCAGACUGGAGAAGAUCCACUGGUCUCUAAGACCCGUUCCUUGGCCAAUAACAUGACAACUGCUGAAGAAAAUGCUGGAUGGCAGACUGGAGAAGAUCCACUGGUCUCUAAGACCCAUUCCUUGGCCAAUAACAUGACAACUGCUGAAGAAAAUGCUGGAUGGCAGACUGGAGAAGAUCCACUGGUCUCUAAGACCCGUUCCUUGGCCAAUAACAUGACAACUGCUGAAGAAAAUGCUGGAUGGCAGACUGGAGAAGGUGAUUAUUGGUUUUUUUGUUCCCUAUAAAUGAUAUCUUUGAUGUUUUUUUUUUGUAUUACAGUAUGGAAACUUGUUGAAAAUAUCUGAAAUUUACUUGUAUUAUAUUGGUGUAGUGAGUUGAUGUGUGUAUCGGAGUUGUAGUGACUUGAGAUGUGUAAAUUUUGAUGUAGUGACUUGAGGUAUGUGUAAGCAAGGUCAUGACUUAA